UGUUCUAUGACGUAGUGUACGUUUUAUUUACGAAUUACGAUUUAAUGUAUAUUAUCUAUAUCUUAAUUCUUUAUUCUAUAAUCGCGGGUUGUACUUAGUAAUCUGUGCUCUACCAAGUUUACUAUAGUCUAUAUUUUGCUCUGUGCUCUGUAGUAGUGUUGUAGUACUAAAAUCUACGGGUCUACUAGUCUUUGGUCUGGGACUGACGACUUUGUGUACCCUAUGUCUAUGUCUGUACAUUAGUGUACAUCUUACGUAGUUUCGUUCACGUAUUGUUACUUCAGUGUCCAGUACUCCAGCUGCACGCGAUAAGUCAACAAGUGGCCGAGUAUUCGGACAACAUAGACCUUAUACUCAUAGACGGAACAAGCUAGUAGUUCCCGCGGUAAACGGUGGMUGCGCUGCACAUGUUGUUCCAUACUUCUGCGCAUGUGCGUCGGACAAACCAGAUAUGAAAUUCGUUACAAUUAUUACUGCAGUCGUUCUACCGCUGCUUCUGCUGUUAGCAAUCAAGCCGAUCGAUGCUCGGGAUUUGAGUUAUGUUAUGCAUAAUGACAUCAAUAAAAAUUCGGGCGAAGAUUUCAAUGUUCCAAUUCACCAAGACUUGGUGGAAAAUUGUAACACCCCAGAAAUUAUCGAAAAUGACGACAUUCCGAUUCAACAAGAUAUAGUCGUAGUUGAAGAAAUUGCACAGUCAGCAGAAGAUUCAAACGAUCUAUCAAUGUUUGUUGAUGAGACUAGCUUAGAUUUUGUCUAUUGGAACUCAAAAUUCGGAAAUAAUAAACCAAUAAUAAUCGAAUUAGGCAAUGAAAAACAAAUUAUAAAUUAUUGGAUUAGUAAUUUACCUUUAAAAGUCAUAACGCAUGGAUGGCUUAAAUCAGAUGAAAAUGAUGAAGGAGUGUUCUCUAUAAAAACUGCAUAUGUGAAUGUUGGAGGAUUCAACAUUAUCACCGUGGACUGGAAUCGGGUGGCAAAAAACAUAAUGUACCCAAUUCCGGCCUAUUUGACUGUUAAGGUGGGUUCCAUAAUCGCCAAAUUGUUGGAAAAUUUAGUCAAUCUCGCGGUAAUUAACCCGUCUGAUAUUCAURUUAUUGGCCAUAGUCUCGGUGCUCAUGUGUCUGGGGCAUGUGGAGCUGCAUUUAGUCUUGGGAAAAUUGGCAGAAUUACAGGUCUUGACCCUGCCAGUCCUGGAUUUGAGUACGCGUCAAUCAUUUCAGAUCACCUAAACGAUACUGACGCAGAAUUUGUGGACGUGAUCCAUACAGCGAUAGGGAUAGCUGGAUUCUCAGAACCCAUAGGACACGCUGAUUUUUAUCCAAACGAGGGGAAAUCCGCUCAACCCGGAUGUUUAGAAUCAUACACACUGAUGGAGAUAAUAAAGCUCAUCCAUUGCAAUCAUUCAAGAUCGCACGAAUAUUACACGGAGUCCGUUUAUCAUAGGAAUUCGUUUAUGGCAACAGAAUGUACUUCGUGGGACGAGUAUACGAAUGGCGAAUGCGAAAAUAAUUAUAAAAUUUACAUGGGACAUAAUGCGGAUACAAAAGCAAGAGGAACUUUUUAUCUAAAGACCAACAGUAUUGCCCCUUAUGGAAUGUCAUAUAUUACACCAUGAAAACAUAAGUCAUAGUCUUACACACGAUUGUUUUUUUCUUUUUAUGUACGCUUUCUUUACUCUUUUUGCAUUUCAGUUUAAACUAAGAUAUUUAUUGUUAUGAUAUUUUUAAGAUUUAUUUGACAUAAAUCUUAAAAUCAAUAAAAAAAAAAUAAUG